AUGAGAGGGGCGAACGCAAUAUUCCUUAUUUUAUUCUUCGGCCAUCUAUCAGCCCUGCCCGACACCAUCCGAAUAGGUGGACUUUUCCACCCGGAAGAUGACAAACAAGAGGUCGCGUUUCGAUAUGCAGUGGAGCGAGUGAAUGCGGACAGGGCAGUGUUGCCAAGAGCCAAGCUGUUAGCCCAAGUAGAGACCAUCUCGCCCCAAGACAGCUUCCAUGCUUCCAAACGAGUAUGCCACCUGCUACGAAGUGGCGUGGCGGCCAUCUUUGGGCCCCAGUCCGCGCCAGCUGCCGCCCACGUCCAGUCAAUAUGUGACACUAUGGAACUACCACAUUUGGAGACCAGGUGGGAUUACCGCACCAGAAGAGAGUCCUGUCUUGUGAACCUUUAUCCACACCCAGCUGCACUGAGUCGAGCUUACGUAGAUUUAGUGAGAGCUUGGGGUUGGCGAUCGUUCACAAUAGUUUACGAGAACAGCGACGGCUUAGUUCGUCUUCAAGAGUUGCUCAAAGCUCACGGCCCGUCGGAACUGCCUGUUGCUGUGAGGCAACUGCCAGAUUCUCAUGAUUACAGGCCGCUUUUGAAACAAAUAAAGAAUUCAGCAGAGUCGCAUAUUGUAUUAGAUUGUGCUACUGAGAGGAUACGAGACGUUCUUCAACAAGCGCAGCAAAUAGGAAUGAUGUCUGACUAUCAUAGUUAUUUAAUAACGUCCCUGGACCUUCACAGCGUAGAUUUAGAAGAAUUCAAAUAUGGUGGCACAAAUAUUACAGCUUUAAGAUUACUUGACCCUGAACGUGCUGAUGUCCAAAGAGUCGUAAGGGAUUGGGUUUACGAUGAAGCCCGAAAAGGACGUAAACUCCAAUUGGGACAUACGACAGCUAAGGAAAACAUGACCUUUAUAAAGACGGAAACGGCUCUAAUGUACGAUGCUGUACAUUUGUUCGCGAAGGCUCUGCAUGAUCUUGACACGUCACAACAAAUAGACGUGAGACCUCUUUCUUGCGAAGCCGAAGACACGUGGCCUCAUGGGUACAGCCUCAUCAAUUAUAUGAAAAUUGUCGAAAUGAAAGGCUUAACGGGAGUGAUAAAGUUUGAUCAUCAAGGAUUCAGAAGCGAUUUCACUCUAGAUAUAAUUGAAUUAACGAGGGACGGGCUGCAAAAGGCUGGAACUUGGAACUCUUCAGAAGGUGUGAAUUACACGAGAUCUUAUGGCGAAAACCAAAAACAGAUAGUGGAAAUUCUGCAGAACAAGACGCUCAUCGUAACAACCAUUCUGAGCUCGCCAUAUUGUAUGAGGAGAGAGGCCAGCGAGAAGCUUACGGGCAACGCACAGUUCGAGGGUUACGCCAUUGAUCUAAUUCACGAGAUAUCUAAAAUUCUGGGCUUCAAUUAUACAUUCAAGCUGGCGCCUGACGGUCGAUACGGGUCCUACAACCGUGAGACUAAAGAGUGGGACGGCAUGAUAAGGGAAUUGUUGGAGCAGCGAGCCGACCUCGCCAUCGCUGAUCUAACCAUUACAUACGACAGGGAGCAAGUGGUUGACUUCACAAUGCCGUUCAUGAAUCUCGGCAUUUCCGUGCUUUACCGCAAGCCCAUUAAGCAACCGCCGAACUUGUUCUCGUUUCUAUCACCGCUCUCCCUCGACGUGUGGAUUUAUAUGGCCACCGCAUAUCUCGGCGUAUCCGUUCUGCUCUUUAUAUUGGCAAGGUUCACUCCAUACGAAUGGCAUCCCACGCACACUCCUGAUGGUGAGAAAAUGGAAAACAUUUUCUCUCUAGCAAACUGUUUAUGGUUUGCCAUCGGAUCUCUUAUGCAGCAAAGUUGUGAUUUUUUGCCCAAGUUCAGCCCGUACGAGUGGGACUCCCCCAGGAACUGCCUAGACGAGCCGCCGGUGCUGGAGAAUCAGUUCACUCUCUUGAACUCGCUGUGGUUCACUAUCGGCUCCUUGAUGCAGCAAGGUUCGGAUAUCGCGCCGAAAGCGGUAUCGACCCGCAUGGUGGCGGGAAUGUGGUGGUUCUUCACUCUGAUCAUGAUAUCUUCAUACACUGCCAACCUCGCCGCGUUCCUGACUGUCGAGCGAAUGGACUCGCCAAUUGAAAGUGCUGAAGAUCUCGCCAAACAGACCAAGAUUAAGUACGGCGCACUGAAGGGAGGAUCUACUGCUGCAUUUUUCAGGGACUCAAAUUUCUCGACGUACCAACGAAUGUGGUCUUUCAUGGAAUCCGCUCGACCAUCGGUUUUUGCUACUAGUAACAAGGAGGGCGAAGAGCGAGUAGUUCGAGGAAAGGGCGCAUAUGCUUACCUUAUGGAAUCCACCACUAUUGAGUACGUAGUGGAAAGGAACUGUGACCUUACCCAAGUGGGGGGCAUGCUAGACUCAAAAGGAUACGGAAUCGCCAUGCCACCAAACUCGCCAUACCGUACGGCUAUAAGCGGGGCUGUUCUCAAACUGCAGGAGGAAGGAAAAUUGCACAUUCUGAAAACAAAAUGGUGGAAAGAGAAACGUGGCGGAGGGUCUUGUAGGGACGAGACUUCGAAAUCGUCAUCAACUGCUAACGAGCUAGGGUUGGCAAACGUCGGCGGAGUGUUCGUCGUACUAAUGGGUGGAAUGGGCGUUGCGUGCGUCAUCGCCGUCUGCGAAUUUGUCUGGAAGUCGCGCAAAGUUGCCGUUGACGAACGAGCAUCACUAUGUUCGGAGAUGGCGUCGGAGCUGCGGUCUGCGCUGAAGUGCCCGGGCGGCGGCUCUGGCGGCGGCGGCAGCGGGCCGGGCGGUACUCGAGACGGCGCGGGCUCGCCCUACCUGCACUACGGGUUCAGUACCAAGAGCCAGCUACACUAG